UCAUUUGCGCUGAUUUCGUGGAAAAAGCUGGCCGGCAGAAUAGUUGGGCAAGGUUUUUUGCAGCGGUUGCAGCUGCGGCGGCUGCUGCGGUCCGAAUUUUGAAUUUCGAUUCGGGUCACACACACGGAAACGCUGUUCUCCCCGUUUUCUCCACUGUUUCCACUUUUCCACUUUUCCACUCUUCCACUUUUCCACUCUUCUCCGGUGCGUGUGGCGGACCCGGAUUCGGUACGGGUCACGAAUUCGACGACGUCUGCUUUUCUGCACCGCCGACGCGGUGGCAAAAAAUCUAUUUGGACCACCGUCCGACGACCAUCAGCAGUCAGUCGGCCAACGAGCUCCGGCGAACACCGAUCAUCGAUCAUCGAUCUUGCGCAGAGUUUUGCCCAGCCAUAGGAUGAGAUUGCACAGACUGCUGCCGCUCCUGGCGCUCCUCGGCGUCCACGUUUCUGGCCAGUGCCCAGGCCAGGCCAUCGUUGGCUCCGGAAUUUCUGCGCCGGAUGGCGGAUCAACGACCAACUUCUCCACGGACACCAGACCAAGGAUUCCCAGCCAGGACGAGAUCCUGGGGCAGAUGCCGCCCAUUGCCCCCAUCCGCACUGGCAGUCCGCCGGUGGACGCCUUCUACAUGAUAUUCCCCGCCCUGAGCAGCAUCUUCCGCUGGAGCAGCCUAUUCCCGGCCCAAUCGCUGCUGGGCGCCUUUUCGGACAACCUGCAGCCCGCGGCGGCCGCCUCCAAGGUGGUGCUGGUGCUGGCCGAUGAUGCGACGGCCAAGACCCGGGUGACCCGUCAGAAUCCUCCGCAGCCCAAUCCCUUCGGACAGAUGAUGAGCUGGCCGCAGGACUUCGGCUUCCGGCCGGAGAACUUUGCACUGCCCAACAUUGACAUGGGACCGCAGGUGGGCUCGUUUCUGGCCCAAAUGCCGCCACUGCCUGGCCUCCUGGGUGCUGCGGCUCCAGUGCCAGCUGCAGCUGCAGCUGAUCCUCCUGCUCCAGCUGCUGCUCCUGCGCCACCAGCUCCGCCGGCAGCAGUUGCAGCCGCCGAUCCUCCAGCGGCGGAUGCUCCCCAAGUGCCAUUCCUUCUGGGACAAUCGCUGCAGAAUGCCUUCAACUCAAUGACGCCGCCGAACUUUGAUAUGUCCACGCUGCUGAGUCAGGCCAUGCCCCAGCUCCCUAAUCUUGGUCAGGCCAUGCCCCCGCUCCCUAAUCUUGGUCAGGCCAUGCCCCCGCUCCCUAAUCUUGGUCAGGCCAUGCCCCCGCUACCUAAUCUUGGUCAGGCCAUGCCCACGCUACCUCCUCUGGGUCAGGCCGCUCCUCCCACCUUGGACUUCGUGGCCCAGAUGCAAAGGCAAUUCUUCCCGGGAAUGACACCGGUAGCUCAGGCAGCACCUGCCGCCGGCACGGAUGCCCAGUCCUCGGAUAUUUCCGAGGUGAGGGUGCGUCCCGAGGUUGGCUACUCGCCGGAGGCGGAGAUGGCCCAUCAGAAGAUCAAGUCGACGAUGGAGAGGGAGAGGGAGAGGGAGAGGGAGCAAGAGCAAGUGCCUCUGCUCUGGUUCCGCAUGCCCCACAGCACUCAGAAGGGGGAUGCGACGGAAGAGAAGUCAGUGGAUGAUCUUCGUGUGGAGGCCAAACUGAGGGCUUUCGAGCGCCAGGUCAUUGCCGAACUGAAAAUGCUGCAGAAGAUCGAACUGAUGGCCAAGGAGAUGAGGGCCAGUGCCGGUGGUGAGGCCACAGGCUACAGGCUCAACUAUCCCCUGAGUCGCACUCCCGUCCACAAGAUCACCCGCGCUGACAUCGAGCAGGCCCUGCGGGAUGACUAUGUCCGCCGAUUGGUCGCCAAGGAGGCGCAGCGCAAGACCAGGACUUUGGCACAGCCAGGUGGCAGAAAGGCAAGUGGCCUCAAGCGGCAGGCCAAGAACCAGGACCAGACCAUGUCCAAGGAGGACAUCGUCCAGAUAAUGGCCUAUGCCUACCGCAUGGCCAACGAGCAGAUGGAGGGUGAGAAGGGCCAGAAGGACAAGGUGUACGCGGCCUACAGGACAACUGGACGGCAAAGUGAUCCGCUUCCACCCACCCAAGAGCAGAAUCCCCCGACCCACCGACGGUGGUCCGAGGAUCAGGCCAAGAUCCAACAAAUCCCUCAGCUUCAAAAUGCACCCAUGCAGAGACAGAUGGCCGAGGGUCCACAAAUGGAGCAGCAGAUGGAGCAGAUGCAGAUGCAGCAAAGACAAUGGUCCGAGGAGCAGGCCAAGCACGCCAUGAUGAUGCAGCAAAGGCAAAUGGAUCCGCAGAUGAUGCAGCAAAGACAGUGGUCCGAGGAGCAGGCCAGGAUCCAGCAGGCUCAGCAGCAGCAGGCUCAGCCCCAGAAUCCCAUGAUGAUGCAGCAAAGACAGUGGUCAGAGGAUCCCAAGGUGAUGCCACAGAUGCCACAGAUGCAGCAGAUGCAGCAGGAAAGGCAGUGGGCAGAUAACCAGGCCAGGAUGCAGCAGCAGCAGCAGCAGCAGCAGCAGAGCCCCAUGAUGCGUCAGAUGGCCGAGAAUCCACAAAUGAUGUCCCAGCAGCAGCAGCAGCAGAGACAGUGGUCCGAGGAGCAGGCCAAGAUGCAGCAGGAUCAGCAGAUGACCCAACAACGAAUGGCCCAACAGAAUCCCAUGAUGAUGCAGCAAAGACAGUGGACAGAGGAGCAGGCCAAGAUGAUGGAGCAGCAGCGUCAGAUGGCGGAGAACCCAGCCCAAAUGAUCCAGCAGAAUACCAUGAUGAUGCAGCAGCCACACCAGCAGACUCCCAUGAUGCGACAGUGGGCGGAUGAGGAUGAGGCAGCCCAGAAGUGGACCGACGAGAAGGCCCAGGCUAUCCAGAUGCAGCAGGAGGAGCACAUGGUCGGCGAAGCAGGUCCCCAGAUGCCGGAGAACGAGGGCACUGCCCGGCACAAAGUGGACUUCAUGGGACUCGGCGGCAACAAGCGCAAGAAGUCCAAGUCGCACUCGUCGACUCCGGCGGUUAUCAACUAUUACUAUGCGGCACCCCAUCAUCCGGCUGCCCCAAGCUAUGGAAGCAGCUAUGGCACCAGCUAUGGCGGCGGUGGCCACGGAUCGAAUGCCUACGGUCCCGUUCAGGCCAACUCCUAUCAUGGUCAGGGCUAUCGCACAGCCGUGGGCAACGAUGAGGUCGAUGAAAUGCUGCGCCAGCACCAAACGAUGGCCAGGACAAUAAACCCCCAGCCAUCAGGAGCAGUCGGCGGAGCGGACUCCACGCCACCGCCAACGACGACCGGAGGAGCUCCGCAGGAGCAACUGCAGCCACAUCGAGUCCACAAAAGGUUAGCCAUUUACCGUAGGUUGGGUAGGGGUUUGGGUGAAGUGGAGGUCACAUCCAAGGGUUGCGGAUGCGGCCGGUUGGAGUGCCAGUGCGGCAGGAGUUGUCGGUGUGGCAGGAGCAGAUUGGCUUCAACUGGCUACUGCCAGUGCAAGGCCAGCCGCAGGAGCAGACGUAGUGCCGAGUAUGGAACGCUGGAAGCCAUCGACGAAGGCUCCCUCAACGAACUUCGCCGCGAAUACAAGAUGGGUCUGAAGGAGAUCACCCUGACCCCUGACGAAGAUCCCGCCGAGGCACUGAUGCGCUACAAUGCGGCCUCCAUUCGGGAGGCCUUGGAACAGGCCAGCAUGGAGCCCCUGGAAAUCGGUGGAGAUCAGUACGAGGACGGCACCCAGCAGGGGCCCACGGAGGAGCAAUCGCAGCCAGAACCCAUUACACAGCAACAGCAGCAGCAGCAGCAGCAGCAGCAGUACAACCACCAGGACUUUGUGCGUCUAACCACUUCGACGGCGGCUCCAGCUGUGACCACAACCACCACUGAGGCCACCACUCCCGCAGGCAGUGAGUCCACUUCAGAGGCACCUCCUCCAACGGAAGUUUCCACCACCGAAGUUACGGCACUCCCAAAAGUUGAGGAUGUCGACAUGCAACAGGACUCCAUGGCCGAGAGUUCCCAUGUGACCAAGUCGAUAUCCAAGCAGGAGGAGGAGAUCCAUCACCUGCACAGCAUUGUGGAUCAGCUGAAGGGCGAGAUCCUCAAGCUGAACGACAGGUGCAACCAGUUAAUGCCAAAUGUGGUUACUAACAAUAAGUCAGUUACGGAGAGUGAAGUUGCCAAGGCGGUGGAGAAAGUGGAUCCGGAGGAGGAGCAGGCAGAAGACGAGGAGGAGACAGUCACCUCCACCACCACCACCACCGCAACCACAGAGAUUCCAGGCACUAGAGGUGAAUCCAAGUCCAUUGUGGCCCAUGCCGAAGCCAGGAUAGAUGGCUCCACCAAUGAACUGGACCACGAGGAUGAUCGCAAUUGGCAGCGCAUUCUGGCCAAUCGGGGCUACGACACGGACUACCUGACCAGAAGCCAUGAUCCGAAUCAGAAUCUGGAGCUGCCGAAGCCCUGCAACUACGAGGGCACCGGCAGUCAGGAGUACCCAGCCUAUCCGGAAUUCCAGGCGGACGAACCCACGGCCGAUGCGACGGAGGGCAAGACCAAAAGGGCAUUGAGUGUGAAACAGCAGGCACUGCUGCUCAAUGCGGCCUUAAACGACAGUGGCAGUGAGUCCAGUGGUGACCCCAGCAGCACACCCACUCCAUACGCGAUGCGGGGAAAGUUUGUGCGGAGGAGGAGGACGCCUAGUCCGAAAACCACAAAGGACGGUGCCGUCGGUGGUUGGGUGCGAUCCACUCGCCAGGCGAGAAUGCCACAGCGACCCCGAAAGGUCAGCACGGUGAGCAAAAAGGUCAAGGGGUCGCAGGUCACCGCGCAGGCCAGUGUGAGUAGCAGCAAACUAGACAGCCUGGUGGAUGUGCUCAAGGAUCUGCUGCAAUUGCAAAUCCAGAAGGAGAAAAGGGCCAGUCUUGGGCAAUCACAGAGCAAUACCCUUUCGAAGGCACCAAAGUCCAUCAAGCCCAUCAAGCCCAUCAAACUCGUCAAGCGAAAGAGGUUGCGUGGAAGGCAACACAAACCCAUGGCCACCACUACCAUCAGAAGUUUCAUCCAAUCGAAUGCAUAAGACCCUCAAUCCAAACUAACUAACCCUGAUCUAACUACACUCGAAUUUCUCAAUUUUAGGAAAAGUUCCUUUAAUUAAGGAAUAAGGGACUAAAGGUGGCCUUAAAGAUGAGACUACCAAGUGUGUGAAUGCCAAAUUACCCUAAAAAUAUAAGGCCGAAUUUAGCCAAAUUGUUUGAUAACUUUUACGUACACUGACAAAAACA